AUGUUGCCGAAUACGCCCGGACCGAAGCUGAAACAGUUCAAGGAUGGAAAUUUCGGAAACAUCGAGUUCCUGCAGGGGAUGGGCAGCGGCAACCAUAGCCAUGUUUGGAGGGUCACGAUCGACGGGGACCUGUAUGCGCUCAAAUUGUUCAGGAAAAUCAGGGCCAGAGAGGAAAACUUCUUCACUGAAGAUAAACUCCAGAGUUUCAAUUUCAGCCGGCAACUUCUGGAUGACCAGCUCACGCCGUUCAACUGCGAGGCGCGGGCAUAUGGCCGGUUACACGAGACAGGCAAUGAGGACCUGGCCUGGAAGUGCUAUGGCUGGAUUGCCUUGGACGAGGCGACCUACGGCCAGGCCGUGUGGGAUGUGAUCGGGCUGAAACGCUAUGAGUGGUUCGCUUAUACGUUCCAGUCUGACGAGCAGGUUGCCGACAGGGAGUUGUGGCCCAUCUACGCCAUGGUAAAGGAGUUCUUCCCCGCUGAAGCUAUUCAGGCACCUCCUAUCGACCCCGACAGGGUCCACGACAUGGCCGCGGCUGUCAACACCUUGCACAGGAUCGGCAUUACGCACCAGGACAUCCAGGACAGGAAUUACGUCGACUGCCGGUUCAUGGACUUCAGCACAUCCUGGACCGUGCCCAAUGUCCGGCUGGACCGCCAGCUCGGGUGGGACGACAAGGACCAGAUCGACCAAGUCGAUACCAUCGAUUAUGUCAUGUUUGACAACAUGUGGAAGGUGUGGAACGAAGCCCACCCAGACAGGCAAUGCGAUUAUCGCUUUACGCUCAGAGAACAGACCCGCUGGGUGACAAGGACACCAGACAGCGACUCUUCCGCGGGCUCGAAAGAGGAGGAACCAAUCCCGAAAAUGGAAAGCUUCGUCAACGAUUCUCAAAUCUACCUCCCUUCGUCGUACGACUGGCAGAAUGGGACCCACCCAGGCCCUCUCAAGCCACUCAUUCUCGACCCAGCACCACCACCGAAUCCAACGGGCGUCACAGGCGACGGUGCACCGGUGACGUCCGGGGGUUCAGAUUCGAGGCCGGAUCCCAGACUCCCCCGGUUCGCAAUGACUUGGUACUGGUCCGCCUCUGGCCACCCUCCGCCGCCGCCGCCGCCGCCGAGGCAGGGGGUUAUCGGCCGCGCGAAGCUCAGGGAGAUCAGGAAGUAUUCCGCCGACAUCGUAAGCGAGAGCAGGAGAUUGAAAGCCAGCUGCGACGCGAUAGAAAGCCUCGUGCCUAGAGCACAGAGCAUCAUCAACACCAUCGACCUGGACAUUUUUAACGGCGGCUCUGUGGUGGAUGUUUCAGAUCCCUAG